CCGGCGGCCGGUUGUGCAGUUUUCAGUCGGCAGUGUGAAACAGUGAAAAACGUUUUCGUUCGUAGCUUCGCCUCUAGUAUUCCGUUCUAAUAUUUUCCGUUGCUAACAUCAAGUUUACCUAAGAAUACAUCUAAAAUUACCUGUUAACUCUGUCUCCAAUGUACAGUUUCAGGAAUCUCCUGUUGUUUAGAGAAAUAUCUAAAGGAUAUUAGGAAUUUUUGGUAGUUAUCUUCGUUUUCAAUCCAUAAAUUAAUUCACUAGAGAAUAUUGAACAUUUUCUGUGGUCAACUUUGCCUCCUAUAAACAGUUUCAAGAUUUUCGUUCAUAGCUUCGCGCUUCCAGUAUUCCGUUGCUAACAUCACGUUUACCAGAGAAAAAUUACCUGUUAGAGUUCAAGUAUUGGUUUCGCCUCUAGCAAGUUUUCAAUUUUUUUUUUUUUAAUUUCAAGAGUUUUCUGUUUCGUUACAUAUAACUCUCAACAGCGAUUUUCAUACGAGUUAACAUCGCCACCAAUAGGCUACAUAUUGAGAGUGUUCAUGGGUUAACAUCACCUCCAAUAUCAAGAGCUCCCGGUAGUUAAUCUGCCUCGAAACACAAUAAUCUCCGAAAUUAUUAUUCAGUUCCUUCUUGAAUAUAGAAUUAUACGUUGUGGCACACUGUCUUCAAUAUAGUUGCUAACGUAGGGUAGUUUUUCAUUAUACGAAUAUAUUAUUCGAUAUUGUAACAUCGACUAGAAUAAUUUUCAAAGUGUUUGCGGUUGUUACUUGGACUUUUUAAAAACUAUUGUCGGUUAGUGCGCGUCAAAAUGGUGGAGUUGAGUGUGGGGACGACGCCAAUGAGCGUUGCUCUUCUAAUCAUCGCCUCUCUCGCUUCCGCCGUUCAACCCUUUCGGCCCAACAUUGUCAUGAUUAUCGCUGACGAUCUGGGAUGGAACGACGUCGGCUUCCAUGGUUCAGAUCAGAUUCCGACCCCAAAUUUGGACGCUCUGGCCUUCAACGGCGUCAUACUCAACAAUCACUACGUGCAACCGCAAUGCACGCCUUCAAGAGCCGCUCUGAUGACGGGGCGUUAUCCUAUCAAGACUGGUAUGCAAGGACCGCCCCUACUGGCCGCGGAACCGCGCGGCCUCCCGCUUUCCUACAAAAUCCUGCCGCAGUACAUGCGGGACCUGGGUUACAGCACACACGCGGUCGGCAAAUGGCAUCUCGGCUACUAUCGCCGCGACUAUACGCCGCAGUAUCGCGGCUUCGACACUCAUCUCGGAUAUUACGGCGGUUUCACUAGCUACUACGACUAUAUUCUCCAGGAUAUUUACCCAGAGGGCGAGUUCACCGGCUUCGACCUGCGUCGCAACGGCAGCAUCGCCUACGACCUGCAAGGCCGGUACGCGACCGACGUCUACACAGAGGAGGCGGUGAACGUGAUCCACAGCCAUCCGGUGGGGCGGCCGCUCUUCCUGUAUGUGGCCCACCUGGCGGUUCAUGCCGGCAACCGCGGAAAGCUGCUAGAGGCGCCGCAGGAGGUCAUCAACCGGUUCCAGCAUAUCGUCGAUCCUCAGCGGCGCACUUAUGCCGCGAUGGUGGCCAAACUGGAUGAGUCAGUGGGUGAAAUAGUUUCAGCUCUUCACCGCAGAUCCAUGUUGGAUAACACAAUUAUCGUUUUCAUGUCAGACAAUGGAGCACCAGCUACUGACAACCAGCGACCAAACAUUGGCCUGUUUCCCAAUUGGGGCUCGAACUACCCUCUGCGAGGGGCAAAAGAAACAUUGUGGGAAGGAGGCAUUCGAAGUCCGUCAUUUAUUUGGUCAACCACCUUUCAACAAAGCCCAAGAGUGUCAACAAAUCUCAUGCAUAUCACAGACUGGUUGCCCACACUCUAUGCAGCGGCAGGCGGAGACAAGUUUGCUAUGCCUCCAGACAUAGACGGCGUUGACCACUGGUAUUCGCUGCAGUGGAAACUGCCAUCUCCACGCAAGCAAGCUCUUCUCAACAUCAACGAAAGGGACAGAAAUGCCGCCAUUAUAACAUCCUACGAGACGGGCAUUUCACGAAACACUUGGAAAAUGAUAUUCGGUAAAUUCAAGAACCACGAGUUCGAUGAGUACUACCAGGACACCAAGUCGCCGACCAACCCAACCUACAACGUGCAAGAGAUCCUAGCGAGCCCGGCGGGGCGUGCCCUGGCCACACUGUAUCCUCCGUCAGCCACCGACUACACCAUUCGCAACUCGCGCUUCGAGGCGACCGUCAACUGUGGAGUAGGCAUCAACUACCCGGCGCCCAACUGCGAGUUCCGCCCCUGUCUCUUCAACCUCGACAAGGACCCCUGUGAGCGACUGAAUGUCGCCGACCACAACACGGCUAUCACCAUCCAGAUGUACAACGACCUCCGCUACUUCAGGAGCAUGCUGAUACCGCAGAGCAAUCGAGGACCCGAUAUCUACGGCGCCGAUCCCAAGAAGUGGAACGAUACGUGGCAGUCGUGGGCGCUUUGAUCAAAGUAAACCAUGAUGAUCCUGAUUAAAAUGCCAAUUUGCUGUGGAUGUUUCAGAUCAAAGUAAUUAAUGUAGUUAUUAAAAUAAUGCGAGUUUGCUGUGGAUGUUUCAGAUCAAAGUGAACAAUGACCUGUAAUUUAAAUAAUGCGAAUUUGAUGUAGAUGUUUCAGAUCAAAGUGAACAAUGAUAUUUUAUUAAAUUGCGAAUUUGUUGUAGAUAGAACAGUCACGAGAGAAAGAUUGAAAUUGCAGCGGCAUAAGCAUGCUGCACACACGAACAUUAGUAGCAUCCACUAGCUGCAAAGGGAACGUGGAAUUGGAGAUGUCCAGGAAUCGAAAUGACAUUUCCAGUUCCGCUUUCCGGUAGAAACUAGUAAUGGACGCUACUAAUGUCACUGUGUGCAGCUUGCUUAAUAGUAGCUGACCUUUUUCUCGUGACUGAUUAAGUAUCUAUAGUACUACGGAGUGUGAUGCUCAAGAUGCAUUUACAUUUAAUACGGUAUGUAAUUUGGUCAUGCGUAAAUUCACUAGUAAAAAUACAGAAUGUCCGAAAAGUUACAAACCAUAGGGAUUCUACUAUUUAAAUGUUCAAACUAUUUAUUACCUACAUUUAUAAUAAUCUUGAAAAAUAGCAAUAGAUAUUGAACAACAUACAUGAUAAAUAUGUCAUAUGUUAUUUAUCAACUAGUUCCUAGUUGAUGUUGUAUUUCAUUAUUCUAUUAAAAUUUAUCCAAAAUAUAUGUCUUUCAGGUUUCGAAACAUUUUCAAAACUGGAAAUAGAUGAAUAGAUGAAACAUUAUUUUGGCAUCAAGAAACUAUUAGAAACUAAGAAACUAAUAGUUUCUUGUGAUUGAACUAUACACAAUUGAAUGGUAUUAAAUUCGUUGAAUUAAUCUUCAUUGGGUAUAAUUUUGAUUCCACGAGAUUCCUCACAGCACUAUAUCAAUCUAGUUUGAGUCUGAUAAUAAUGGGACCACUUCCACUAGUCUUAUUUCAAUGUAACUUGAACGGAAGCAGUAUUUAACAAGUUUUGUGAAAUAGGAUUUAUUAUCAUAGAAUAAAAUUUAAGUGUAGGAACGCCAUGGUGCGUGAAGUUUUGGACACUAAAUAAAAUAACAAAUUGAAUUUAAACGUUACUACUAUUAUGCAUCACUCGGUUUAACAUUCUGUUUGUAUGUUUAUUCUUACUCCUACUUUUGAAUGAUUGCUACUUUUAUUGGUAGACUAAUGAACGGCAGAACUACAUUCGUAUGUAAAAGCAUCUAGUGGGAAAAUUACAGUGAGUUUCAAUAAUACAGUCAGUUUUAAUAAUACAGUGACUUGGCAAUAAUCUAUUAAGUAACCUAUGGCCUAUAAAUGAACCCAACUGCUGGCAAGCAAGUUGUUAAUAGAAUAUCAAUGUUUCAUUCAAUUAAAUGGUUCUGUUGAAAAUACUUAUUAAUGUUUUGUAUUUGGAAAAUAAUAAAUUUGAAAUAUUUUUUAAUUAUAGUUAGAUUGACUACUUACUAUAUAUACCAUCAGUAUUUUUCAGCAGUCAUUCAAUUGAUUUCUCAAAUACCAUGCUCCACUUUAUAAAGCUUUUCUACUAAUCUUACGAUUUAAAAGUAAAUUUCAUUCAAACUUUUACCUUGGAACGAUUCAGUUUUAAUUUUUACAAAACAAUAUAAUUCUUACUUGAAUAAUAGUUUCUUAAAUAUUAUGGUUUUGUUGCAUAAAUAUGAAAGGUAUGUUCAUAAGUGCCAUCUGAAUUAAAUGUCUAUUUUAAAUAGCUAUCAGUCCAGGCAAUGAAUGCUCAAAAAAGGGUAUAGAGGGAAAUGUUUGGAAGGCAAUGUUCGACCCCGCAGUUCUGUUUAGGGUGGUAAGGAGGUAAACAUAUCAACCACCCUCAUCCCCUUAGCACAUGAGUUAGGAAUGGGAACUUUUGAUAUGUUCUCCUCCUAACUAGUCCCAACAAAGCUGCAAAGUCAAAAAUUUUGUUUAAAACAUUCCCUCCAAAUUCCUAUGUCAAUUGGUCCAUUGUUAAAAAAAUAGAAUUUAACACUCACACAAAAGGUGUAGGGAAAUUCGUAAAAGUGUGAAAUCAUACAUCAAAUUGAAGAGAAUUCAAUGCUCUAUAAGCUCAUAAUAAACAAAAAUAAAUUUCCAAUCGAUUUUUAAAAAAGUUAUGAGCAAAAAUUUAAGAAAAAUGGGGGCAAACGUGGUUUUUUCAAAAAUGUCACACUUUCAAGAGCGGAUAUCUAGAAAACUGUAGGAGAUAUGGAAAACGUUGUAGGAUAAAUAUUGUAGGAAAUUAUGUAAGAUUCAAUUUGUUAUAUGACAUGCAAGUCCUUGGGAUACUUAGUUUUUGAGUUUUAUGCGAGAAACCAAAAAAUGGUACCUUUAAACCACCCACACCCCCUUAGCACAGGGGGUAAGGGUGGGGACUUUUGAUAUGUUUACCUCCUUACCACUCUAAACAGAACUGCGGGGUCAAAAAUUGUCUUCCCAACUUUUCCCUCUAUAAACUUUCCUUGCCUGGACUGCAUUAAAAAAUCUUAUCUAACAAAAAAUAUUCUUUGCAAUAGUAACAGCCAGAAACAGCUAAAUGUUGCUGAAAGAAAAAUUUUCAUCUUGAAAAUGUGUCUUGAACUUAUGAAAAGAAUAAUGCAGGGAGAUUAGAAUUUCUCUCCAUCUUUUCUAUUAGAGGAAGGAAAGUAUUUUGAUAAAAACAUUAAAAUAGUCACAAAGAAUACUUCUCAAAAAUAUUUUGAGCGGAAAUUUCAAAUGUCAGAAGCUUAGUAGUUGGUACUAAGGAACAAUGUUGACUCUAACAACAUGAGUUCUGAAAAACAUUCUACAAAUGAACUCAUUUUCAAUAGUUGGAGCAUAAUUUUCUGGGGAAAAAUUGCCAAAAUUUUCAAUUUUCUAUUAGUUUAUUACUUAACCAAAUGCUAGUAAGUAUACCUACUUCAAAUGAUGUGAUUUGAAAAUAUUAGUGAUAGCCUAUUAGAUACUAGUAGUGACUAGGAAACAACAUAUUAUCAAACUAUCAUCCAACCUUUUUUAUACACUGCAAUAAUGUUAUGUUGUAUCACUGCCCACUCGAUUAAUUUAUGGAUAUACGUGUAUAAUAUCAAUAUAUUGUUUUAAAUAAUUUAUUUUAAUAGAAAAUAAAAUGUAACAGUUGGUGUAGCUGAGAACUAUUAUGCGCAGAAUUUUUGUAUUGUACAAGUUAGUAUCAACUUAAUAUCAAAUUAUUUCAGGUAAUUUACACUUGAAACAAUAAGCUAAUAUUAAUGUUACCCUAUUAAGUAUCUACUCGAAAUUUGUUCAAUUACUGUACAAUGUAUUAGUAAUUUAAGACUAUUAUUAUGUGAUUAAGCUGUAUCUAACAUAAUAUUCGAAUAAAGUUGAAGAUAAAAAACGAAAUAGUUAUCAUGUUCCUUCUUCACACCCCAAAACUGUACAAUUUCUUUUUUUUUUUAAUUUUACUAACGAUACCGAAAGUUAGUCAUGUUUUCACUCCAUUUUAGGCUCAAUGUUCAGUCAAAAGCUCUCAAAGUGUUUACAGUUCCUCCAAUUAACCAAGUAAUCAAGAAAUAAAAAAACAGAAACUUUUUUAUAUCCCUUUAUUAUAUUCAAGUAUAUAAAUCUAUAGUAAGUAGCAAACACAUCUCAUAAACAUAUCUUUUAAAAUCACCACAGUUACUAUUAAAACGCACAUGCAUACAAACUAAUAAAAUAAAUAGGUAUCCAUAUUAAUUUAUUAUAAAUAUAUCAUCUUGAUUUCAAUGUUCUUGUUCAAGAUAGAUUAAGCACUGAAAAGCAUGAAAACAAAUACUGAUAGAAUUAUUGAUGAAAAAUAUUGUAUUAGAAAUUAAUAAGAUGUGCUAAAGAAUUGUAUCUUCUCAUUAGCAAUGCACAAACAAUAUAAAUAAUACUAAGAUAUUUCUAUGUUGUAUUAUUAGAAAAUGUACAUGAAUACUCAAGAGGCAGUACUAUAGGUAGGCACACAUUUCAUUUAUGAAUUUCUUUGUUAAAAAUUGUUGACUCAUACUGUAAACCCUAAAAAUAGUACUAAGUAAAUAGAGUCAAAUAAUUUCAUCACUUUUAAUAACAAGCUAACAUCACUGUAAGAUCAUCACCAGUAUCAACUACCAAUUAUAAAACUUCGUUUGAUUUUGACUAAAAAUUUGGCAAUACAGAGCUAGUUGAGGAUAUUUGAAAAAUACUUCGACUAGAAGAGAUCUGAUUUUAAACACUUUAUAUCCUAUAAUUGAAAAAUUUAGUUUCAGUCAAUUAAAAAAAAAAUUGUUGAUAGGUAGGAAAUUACGAUUCUCUAUAGUAGACGAAUUUUUAUAGAAGUUGAGUGGUAGAAAAGACUUGAAAGUCCUAAGUCCGAACUCCACCUAAUAAAGAUUUUCAUCUUUUUCAUUUUCAAUUACAACAUUCUCUCAGAGCUCACACUCUAAAUGAUUUUCUAACUAAAAUACGAUCAAUCAAGGUAUGAAAAGUAAUAAAAUACUAAAAUAGUAGAAUAGUUCUAAACA